ACUGUCACAGCCGCAGCAUGGUUACCGGUACUUACUCUCGCUUCUCAGGCCGUUUAAAACUGCCAAGUUUCGGAAAUUAAAUGUAGGCACCACGAGUAUUACAGCGUUGGUACCGUUUGGAGCUCACUCUUCUAAGCAAGUGUAGUAAUUAAUAGUAAUUCCAUAAUUUGCGUGCAAAUAUUCGCUGUGGAAUAGCUCUUGCUUGAAACAUAUGGACAGAUACGUUAAACUUUAAAGACACCGGCAUAUUGCGCCGCCAACAGUGGACGUGUUAUCGCACCAAACCAUCAGGUUUCCAGAUAGUUGGGAUCGUAUUCGAUGCCGAACAGAUCUUGGUUCUAGGAAUUUAUUCAUCACCAUGGCAUUAGUUUGAUCGCCUACUAAUCUGCUGGGAAAGUUCAAAUCAACCAAGCGUUAUCGGUGCACACGUUUUCUUCGCACUUGCUGAAAAUUGAAAAUAUGGACGUUAAAGUAAAUCUUUAUUCCGGCAACGCUGGCUCCAGUAGUACCGGUAGACAAGACGAUCCUCCAUCAUAUAAAGAAGUGACUGGCGUUGCCGACGCCGAACCGGAAGUGCGCAUCCCUUUGCUCGUCCAAAAAGACCAGCCAUCGGCCAUCACGGUGGUGCAACCAUCGGCGCCGUCAUUGGGAGCAGUGGUGGAGGAUGUCGAAGAAGAAGAGGAGGGCAAAAUGGUUCUUGUUCGUUUCUUCAUUGUUGUUGCUAUUGCCGUUGGUAUUGGCUUGUGCGUCUGGGAAGUCAGCUACCAGAACAGUUUGGGCUCGCAUGCCUCCCGUAUGGCACGCAAGCAGAUUGGACUGCGGGCCGGAUUCGGAGGGUUCCUGUUGGUGUUUGCCGUACUGGCAUAUUUCGUGGAUGCCUUUACUAAUCGGGUAUACAAGCUCAUUUCAGCCGGGACAGACGAAUACACGAAUGAAUCACCGGCAGAUCGUUUGCAGAAAAUUAAUCGAGGAAGACCAAAGGUCACAUGGUAUAUAAAGUGCUUCCGCCAUGAACGCAAUACUACGGUCAUCACGGAAGCGGAUGGGUCACUGCACACGCAGCAGAACGACGAUAUUAUAACCAGUUGGACUGGGACAGAAGAAUUCCACUUUACCAGUUGGUCGUACCGAGCGGCUGAAGAUCCGAAGGAAAUGCCCGGAUGGAUUACCCGAAUAAAUUUCGAAAAAGCUUUUAUCUUCGCCAAUGAAGAAUCGCAGAUGGCCUACCAGGCAGAAAAGCAGGCGUUCAUCGAUGCCAACCGCCAUCGAGAUGCGGAAUUCAACAUCACCGAAAUUUUUGAGAUUGACGGUUUCCAAAAAGAAUUCUCCGCCGCAUCGUCGUCUGCUUUUUGUGUGUACCUUAUGGCGGCAUUCACAUGUCUGCUGUAUCCGCUGAUGUGCUGUGUGAAUUCGAUGGAAAAGCGUCUGACCAUUACUCGUGUUGCUGUGCUGGCCCUAUAGUCAGCAGACGUGUUUCAUCGGCAUGUUUCAUCAGCCUUUCUUAUGAGCGCGUACGGCCUGUGAGCUUUAUGUAUAUUUAUGCCACUGUAGCCCGAAUGAAAUGUACUCGUAUUUCUGCCUUUGAUAAUGGGUUUGGAUGGGCUCCUUAACUGCAUGGGAUUG